AUGCGCGAAACACUUCUGGUACUCGCUUCCUUCCUUGCCGCCGUCGGCUCGGCGAAGGGGGCUGUGCUCAGCGCGCGAGCCUCGCCCAACGAAACAAUCUCCGCGAACUGUUGCACUGAACUUUCCUCGGUGUUCGGCUCUGCUUUUCACUACCCCGACACUGAUAACUUCACCAUCUGGGACGCCAAGCAGCAGGAGGUUCGGCCGGCAUGCCGAGUGGAGCCAUCUUCUGCCGCCGAGGUAUCACAGGUCCUGGGUAUCCUCGUCGACACGUGGUGCCACUUCGCCGUCAAGGGUGGCGGCCAUUCGAGAAGCCCCAAUGAUUCGAACUCAGUGGGAGGCGUUACCAUUGACCUCGGCCGGAUCAGCAGCGUUUCAAUUGCUGCAGACGGUACACGCGCCAGCGUAGGUGGAGGUGCGAAUACCCUCCAGGUAUACAGCGCUUUGAACGCCAGGAACCUGUCUUUUGUCGGCGGUAGGGUCAACACCGUCGGCAUCGGCGGCUUUGCUCUCGGCGGAGGUACGUCGCCCUUCUCGAACAAGUACGGCUGGUCCCUAGAUAACAUCUACGAGUACGAGGUGGUUUUGGCAAACGGCACAAUUACCACCGCAUCUGAAGACUCCAAUCCCGACCUCUACUGGGCUCUCCGUGGCGGUAGCAACAAUUUCGGCAUUGUCACUACAUUCACCGUCCGUACAUUUGCCCAAGGCCCUGUGUUUACCGGCCGGGUAACCUUCACCGACAACCAGACGGAAGCAGCGCUCGAUGGAGCUUAUGAGCUCUUUACCAACCCGGAACUGUCCACCGAUGUCGACAUGGGCUACGACCUCUAUUACGGUUACAACCAAGCACAGGACAGUUUUACUCUGCUAGGCACAGAGCGCUACGCGAGGCCGCUGUCCAAUCCGCCUGUCUUUCAAGGCAUCGACUCAAUUCCACCGGCGUCGAGAUCUACCAAUAUCGACACGAUGGCGAACAUGCUGGACAACCAUCCCAUCUUGGGAACAACGCGCCACCUAUUCCGUACAGUCAGCGUGCUGCCCUCUCGCGAACUGCUGACGCAGUGUCUCAGUAUCUUCAAGGAGGAGGUCGAAGCAAUCAAGACGGUCGAAGGCCUCGCUCCCAACUUCAUCACCUAUCCUCUCCAGAAGAACGCCAUCGACGCGAUGAAGCAGCGAGGAGGCAAUGCGUUGGGAAUAGACCAGGACGGGCCGCUUUUCGUGAUUCUGAUAUCCUCGGGCUGGUCGAAUGCUGAGGGUGAUGACGCUGUUACUGCUAUGACGGUAAACACCGUCAAUAGGAUUCAGGAAGCAGCUGAGGCCCUUGGAGUCAGCCAUCCGUACCUCUAUGUCAACUAUGCGAUGGCAGACCAGGCCGAGGCGGUGUUCGCCGGAUACGGCGCCGAUAAUCUGCAGAGAUUGAAGCAAAUUCAAAAAUCUGUCGACCCUCAAGGCGUCUUUACUUCGCAGGGACUCUGGACGGGAUUCAUGAAGUUGCUCUGA